UGUACUUUCCGUAGUUCCCUCCAGGCUGAGCCUGAGUAUCUGUUUUUUUUCGAUCGGACAGAUGAUGCUUCCCUUAGUCUUACGUGCACAUAAAAAACAUGGUGGCGAGCGUUGCCAGUGCUACUAGAAUUCGUCCUCCACGACCUCGGGCAGCGGGGCGCUCAGUUUUAUUGCUCGCAUUCACUUCCGAUCUACUGCCUCGACUUCUAACCGCAUCCGCAACCGCGUCGCCAGAGACAGAGGCAGGACAGACCACACUUCCGCUGCCUGUCAACAAGAAUCGUCCUAGCGCUACUGACGAGGACUUCGCGAAAGCGACGGAAACACUCGCUGAUUGUUGGAAACAACUGUCACUCGACGAGCGUCUGGAGCACGCGGAACGACCCGACCCGGUGUUUUUCUCGUGGGCGCUCGAGUGCUUGGUGUAUGGGAAUAGCAGCGCGGAUGCCACCUACACGGGUUUGCUGAAAAAUGAGAAACGACGAAACGAGUCUGAUGUCAAGAGUGCGCCAUUUGUUGAUGUGAAAACGAGAAUCGAGGAAAUAAAUCACAAAACUGGAAGUGAAAGAAAUGCGCACGGCCCAUUGAACAUGGCAGAUCUGUAAUGUCAAAGCUGGGCCCAGUUCUCCGAAGUGCUUACGCUUACCUAGGCUUCGAAGUAGACAAGAGAAAGUGGA